AUGGCUACCCAAACCAUCCGGAUGUUGAAACUCUUUGGGCUUCAGUGCAUCACUGUCAACACCUUCUUCCGCCAUCAGCGAUUGUGUACAAUUCCUACUGUCAUUAAGGCAUGGCAGAAUGAACAGGCAGGAAUAAUAAGAGAUCUGAAGGAGAUGAGUGGGGGACUGAUCCUGUCUGGUGACUGCAGGUCAGAUUCUCCUGGCCAUUGUGCAAAGUACGGCACAUAUUCUUUGAUCGAAGACCGAAUAAACAAGGUUUUAGAUGUUCAGCUUGUACAGAGCUCAGAAGUCCCAAGUAGCAGCUGGUGUGAGUUAGAGGGUCUAAAGCGCAGCAUAAUGUUUCUGACUGAGCAAAAUAUGCAAGUGUCAGCCCUCAUCACAGACAGAAAUCGGCAGGUUGCCAAAUGGGUGCGGGAGGAGUUGUGUUCAAAGGGAACUAACCAUUUCUUUGACAUAUGGCAUAUUGGCAAAAGUGUAGGGAAAGCUUUGAAAGCUGCUGCAAAGGACAGGGAUUGUGAAGAUCUGAAGCUGUGGAGGCCAGCUGUAAUUAACCAUCUCUACUGGACUGCAGCUUCCACUCCUAAUGGAGAUGCAGAUGUGAUGGAGGCUAAAUGGAAAAGUAUGGUCAACCAUGUUCAGGACAUCCACGUACAUGACACUCCUACGUUUCCCUGCUGUGCACAUCUACCUCUAGAGGGGGAAGCAAAAAACAAGGCGUGGCUGGAACCAGGAUCAACUGUAGCAGUUAAACUGGAGAGUAUAGCUUCUAGAACAGCGCUGGUGAAGGAUGUUCGUCAGUUGUCCCCACAGCAUCAGACCUUUUCACUAGAGGCAUUUCACUCUCUCAUGCUGCACUUUGCACCAAAACACACUGGGUUCUCCUUCCUUGGAAUGUACAGCCGACUUCUCCUUGCGGCCCUGCACUUUAACCACAACUCCGACAGACAAGAUGCUCAAACCAGUGAUGGUGAGGCGCGUUAUGUUGUUCGCUACCCUAGGUUCCGCAAAGGUGGCUGGGUAGUCUGUCCUGUUAAGGAAAAGCCAUCAUACACAUAUGCAUCAUCCCUCAUGGAGUCUCUUAGAGUGGAAUAUUCAAGGUCAACACAGAGUCUACGAGAAUCCAGCACUGUUCUGUUUUUAAAUGCACCUGCACCCCUCUCCAGCUCCUACCAGAGGAUCGACAAGGAUGAGGCUGUUGGCUUAUAAAAAGCACAGCAUUCAAGAUUCAACAUACGAUAACGCAGUGGUUCUCAAACUGGGGGCACUGAGGUGGUACCAGGGGGCCCCAGGUUAAUGACUUCUUAUAAAAUAAAAACAUCAUCAAUUCUGUGUAAUUAAACCUCAGAAAAAUAAGGCUUCUAACCAAUACCACUACAGUGUGUGUGUGUAAUGUAAUGUUUUGUUUACUUCAAAUUUUAAGUUUCGCAAUGUUUUGUGUCAUACACUUUCUUUGGGGGGGGGCACGAAGGGAUGCCGACAAAGUUUGAGAACCACUGCCUUAACGCAUUGCUGUGAUAAUCUCCCAAAUUACUGAAGUUACUGAACAAUUAUGAAAUGCUUUUAAACGGGUGAGAUGGUAUA